CCUCGGUCUGCUCGAUUCGCGCAGCUCCCUCCACCGCCCCGGCGCCCCUCCCCUGGCCCUCGGCCCCCCAAUGUCUGACUCUGACUCUCGGACUGAGAAACGUAAGAAAAAAAGACCAAAUGGCAAAGCAACCUUCAGAUGUAAGUUCUGAGUGUGACAGAGAAGGUGGACAGUUACAGCCUGCGGAGAGGCCCCCGCAGCCUCCUCAGCUCAGGCCUGGGGCCCCUACCUCUCUGCUCACGGAGCCUCAAGGUAAUCCUGACGGUGAAGGGGACCGCUGCCCCCAGGGCAGCCCACAGGGCCCGCAGGCCCCACCAGCCAGCCCCGGCCCUUUUGCUACCAGAUCCCCGCUUUUCAUCUUUGUGAGAAGAUCCUCCCUGCUGUCUCGAUCCUCCAGCGGGUAUUUCUCUUUUGACACAGACAGGAGCCCAGCACCCAUGAGUUGUGACAAAUCAACACAAACCCCAAGUCCUCCUUGCCAGGCCAUCAACCAUUACCUCAGUGCAAUGGUUCCUCACUGUCAGGGCACUCCACCGCACCAUUGCUGAUGUCUUCAGGGUGGUGGCCAUCGACGCUGCAGCCAUAGACUGGGCAGUUCCCGGGGUCCCUGUAAUGGUUCCAGAGCCUUCUCUGGCUGAAGAUGGGUGCCACAGCUACCAGACAAUGCUGACAGUCCCAUCAAAAGUGAUAUUUCCACUGUACUUAACGUUUCUCAGCGUCUUUUUACCUCUGGUGGUUCCUGGAGUGCUUCAGUGGUCAGGGCAGAGGCCGAAAGCACCGCCCUGGCAUUUCUCUUAUGAGCAGUUUCACCGUAGCCCUUGGACCCUCUCAGUCGCUAGCUGCCUUAGCUGUGUCAUCACCAGCACUUCUUGGAGACAGACUGGGGGGGCCCAUCUUGGGGGCCAGAGCAGACAUGGCACUGACUUCCCUACUGGUGUACCUCACUCAGGGUUAUGACUUGAAUCUCCUUGGGGUCCAACUUGGCGGUGUGGUCGAGGCGACUGGUGUUGAAGCCAGACGCAGGACAACUGAAGAAAGUUGGACCUAGGCCUCUGCCAAGCUGAAAGAUGGCUUGUUUUUUUAACCACUGAGAUUGACUUAAUGCCAUUCAGCUUGAAAGGGACCUGGUCAGUUACAGAAGAUAAGUUGUAACUAAAAGUGUGAAGAGAGAUACUUUUUUUAAGUGAUAUUUAAAAGAAAUGAACUUGUUCAUAUAGCAGUACCAACGUAAACUCGUUGCUAUUGAGUCAGUUCUGACUCAUCGUGACCCUACAGGACAGAGUAGAGCUGCCCCCUAGGGCAGUAAUCUUUACAGAAGUAGACGGUAUGUCUUUGUCCUGAGUAGUGGCUGGUGGGUUUAAACUGCUGACCUUCAGGUUAGCAGCCGAGUGCUUUAACUACUGUUACUGACAUAGAACCAUGAAAAUGGUUUGUUUUCUAUUCACGUUCCUUUUUGAGCUUAUUUUGUUUGCUCAGAGGGUUUGGACAUACUAUUAAUGAGAUGAGGCUGUAGGUUUUUGUUUCAGGGAUUAAAGGCAGUUUUAGGAUCUAAACCAGGAGUGGCAAACAUAGAUAGAUGCCAAGAGACCCAGAAGUGAAAUCACUGAGGGGCUGACCUAGCGGGGAAACUGGAGCGCACUUGCCACCUUUAAAUUAUAGCCACCCCUAGUUGUAGCCACAAGGGUGUGUGGUCUCAGAGUGGCAGAUUUUCCUGUAUUGCAAGAGAACCCAGGAAUGCAGAUCGGGAUGCCAGAUACCCUGCCACUGAAACGUUGGCAACCAUUUUAGAACUUCGAAAACAUUGUAUAAGCCAGAUAAAAACAUCUAAACAUCUGCACUUGGUUUGACCCUUGAGCCCGCAGCAUGUGACUUUGAGUAUGUGCAGUUCUGGUAACCGUGGUUAAGGGGAGCCUCUGCUGGAUCAACUCCCUGUCCCCUCCAGUGGGGAGGGUUUGUGUCUUGAUCACCAUAUACCAAAUCUCAUUUACCAUAUAUUCACAUUAGCCCUACCUGCAUAAAGGAAAUAUCACUAAACUGGUAGCAUUAUCAUUUUGGAAGACCACUACAGAUUCUAUUAAAAUGUAGAUCAUACUUAGCAUGCUGAAGUCUGCCAUCAUCAAACUGGAGAGUUUCAUGCUGGAACACCAUGGGAAGUCUUGCAUUCCAUGCACUGUAGAGCUCUGACUUCAUGACCUGCAGUGAGGUAGACCAGCAGGCUGUACUGUACAGCUGACGUCAUGACCUGCAGUGAGGUGGACCAGCAGGCUGUACUGUACAGCUGACGUCAUGACCUGCAGUGAGGUGGACCAGCAGGCUGUACUGUACAGCUGACGUCAUGACCUGCAGUGAGGUGGACCAGCAGGCUGUACUGUACAGCUGACGUCAUGACCUGCAGUGAGGUGGACCAGCAGGCUGUACUGUACAGCUGACGUCAUGACCUGCAGUGAGGUGGACCAGCAGGCUGUACUGUACAGCUGACGUCAUGACCUGCAGUGAGGUGGACCAGCAGGCUGUACUGUACAGCUGACGUCAUGACCUGCAGUGAGGUGGACCAGCAGGCUGUACUGUACAGCUGACGUCAUGACCUGCAGUGAGGUGGACCAGCAGGCUGUACUGUACAGCUGACGUCAUGACCUGCAGUGAGGUGGACCAGCAGGCUGUACUGUACAGCUCUGACUUCGUGACCUGCAGUGAGGUAGACCAGCAGGCUGUAUUGUACAGCUGACGUCAUGACCUGCAGUGAGGUAGACCAGCAGGCUGUACUGUACAGCUCUGACUUCGUGACCUGCAGUGAGGUAGACCAGCAGGCUGUACUGUACAGCUCUGACUUCGUGACCUGCAGUGAGGUAGACCAGCAGGUCCCUGUGGGACAGCAUUGGUCAGAGGUCAGGUACACCUGGGAAGUGGCAGGCCUCAAUCUUUAAGCAUGGCAGGAAUACCCGCAGCUACAUGUGCUCACCGUGUGUCUCAUGCUAAACGCUGGGAGGUACUUUAUUAGGUGCCCCCCUAAGAGAAGGAGCUGGGUUAUUCUCACCGAAGCAGCUGGCAGAGAUGUUGGUUUGCUUCAUGCCUUUUCCGAUUAGCGCUCUCCGCAUCUCUGUUUUUAAUACUGAUUACGUGUAAAGUAUUGUGCAGAUUCUCGCUUUGAAGUAUAGUCAGUGCAAUUGGAAAUACGCGUUGCGAAAGAUCAGAAAGGGAAUGAAUGCUAGUCAUACAUAACUCCUACCUGUCGUUUCGGUAAAUGUCUUAAACUUCAUGUUGUUACCUGGUACGCCAGAAUUCACCAGUUGGAGGUAAUUGCACUCUUUUUGUGCCGUUAGUGUCUUGCAUGUACUUCUCCUGGUGCAGGUGAAUGUCUGACCCCUCUUUCAGGUCCCAAGCUCCCUGGGGGCAGGCAUGAUGUCCUGCUGGUCUUAGUGAGAGCUGGAUCUCGGUGUUAAUAGGUUUCCAGCUUAGUGCUGAUUUCUGUAGUCAGGGUUCCCACUUCACUGACAGAGAGGAAAAGCCCAGAAGAUGUUGCAGGUCAACUGAACUAUACUCAUUGGCUUUGCCACAGAGUGGUUUUUAACUGUGAACGGAUAAGACUUGCGCCCUCCGAAGUAUGUUUAAUUAUUUGGACUCAGCUAUAAACAUUUGUCACGUAUAAGUGACAUGUAAGGCCUAGCUCUUUGCUGCCCGUUGGAGAAUCCACAUGUGGGUAUUGAGCACUGGAAAUGGAGUGACCCCUAAUUGAGAAGUGCCAUCAGUGUGAAUAAACCCAUUGCCGUCGAGUUGAUUCUGACUGGCGGCAACCCCAUAGGGUUUCCAAGGUUGUAAAUCCCUCCGGAAGCAGACUGCCACAUCUUCCUCCCACGGAGCCACUGGUGGUUUUGAACCACCGACCUUUUGGUUGCAGUCGAGUGCCUUAACCAUUGCGCCACCAGGGCUCCCUAGCCAUCACUGUGAAUGCCUGUUGGACUUAGAAGACUUUGUAUGUGGAAGAGUGUAAAGUACAUCGUUAGUAAGUUUCAUGUUGAUUAUUGGGUUAGAUAGAAUACAAUUUUAAUAUUAAUGUUACCUUUUUUUUUUUUUUUUUUACAUAACGGGAAAAUGUAGACUUACGUCUGUGGCCAGCAUUCAGGUUUGGCUGGCCUUGCACGUGGAGGGGCUGGGAGGUGCGGCCAGGCCUUAGCGAGCCAGACCUCCUUCACACUUGGGGCGCACCCUGUCCGUGGAACUUACUCCUUUGGUUGUUUCUGCUGAUUUAGGAGAGUAAAAAUAAUCAACCUAAUCCUGUGAGUCCCUUAAACAUUGUGUUAGCUUUAUGGAUUCCUGUAUUCUCCGGGCAAGUAGGAAACGUAGGUCUUGUUUUACCUCUGGAAACUGCAUGGUGCGUGGGGGUCUUGAAAAAGUGGCCAGUGGAGUGGUUUUGUUCCCCCGGCACCUCAGAGCUGCCCUGGAACCUCACUGUGGAGUCUCCUUUGCUGAGGACCCAGUUUUGGCCUUCUAGCCCAAGUCACGGGUUCAGGCACUAAGAGAACACAUGCACUCCGCAGGUCCCGAGUGGGCAUGGAAACGGACAAGAAAGAAAGAAUUUUCCUCCCUAGUUCCAAACGAAAAGAGUAAAAAGUAAUUGAUAGUUGUCCAGGCAGGUUUAAAUUUGUAUCUUCUUUCUUUAACUUUUAUUUAGAGGUAACUGUAGAUCCACAUGUAGUUGUAAGAGAGAAUAGAUCCCGCGUGCUCUUCACCCUGGUCUCCUGCAGUGGUCACAUCUUGUGUAAUUACAAUGCGGCAGCCUGGAAGUUGAUACGAAUGUAAUUCAUCUACUUUAUUCAGAUUUCACCACUCCGCUGUGUGUGUGUCUGUGUGUGUGUGUGAUUCUGUUUAACUUUAUCAAACGUGUAGAUGAGUGUGACCCCAGUCGCAAUACAGAACAGCUCCAAUGCGAAUCCCUCCUGCUCCCCACUGCCACUUACCCCUCUCUGUAACCCCUGGAAACUGCUAAUCUGCCCUCUAUCUUCGUAUUUUUGUCAUUUAAAGUAAAAAUCAUACAGUAUGUAGGUUUCUGAGACUGGCUUUUUCACUCAGCAUAAUUCCCUUGAGAUCAGUGUAAGAUAUAAGUGGUAUUGGUGGUCCUUGUUUCUUAUUGCCGAGUAGUAGUCCAUGGUAUGGAUGUCUCACGGUUUGUUUAACCAUUCACCUGUCGAAAGACAUUUGGGUGGCACAGCUGGCUGUUGGGGGGUGGGGUGGUGGUUAGCCCGCCCACAGUGGUGUGUCCCACCUUGUCUUCCUGGUACCUUUCUGGCAGCUGCUGGACUAGUGGUCCAGGAAGGAGCUGCGUGGUGAAGCAUCCCGUCAGGCAGCCGAUCUGCUGCUGUGAACAGCCCUGUACCAGUCUUUGUUGUGAACAUAAAUCUUCAUUUCCCUGGGGUAAAUGCCCAGGAGUGCAGUUGCUGGAUCUUAACAGUAGUUUAGUUUUUUAAGGUACUGCCGAACGGUUUCCUUGGGUGGCUUUACAGGCGUUGUACAGUGAGGCAGACUGUCCCUGUCCUUGCCAGCAUUGAUACCUAUUUAUUGUGGCCAUUCUGACAGGAGCGUGCUGAUAGCUCAGUGUGGUUUAAUUUGCAUUUGCCUAAUGGCUAAUGAUGUUUUUUUGUGCUUAUUUGCGUCUGCAUACUCUCUUCCUUGCUGCUAGUGUCUUUUGCAUAUUUUCUAAUUGGAAUUUUUGUUUUUACUCUUGUGUUUUGAGGGCUCUGUAUAUUCAAGGCUCAAGGCCCUCAUCCUCUAUGACUUGAAAAUAUUACCUCACAAUCUGUAGCUUGUCUUUUCGUCUCUUCUUAUCAGGGUUUAAUGCGAGCAAAACUUUAUAAUUUUGAUAAAGUUCAGAGUUUUUUCCUUUUAUGGAUUGUGCUUUGGGUGUCAAGCCUAAGAACUCUUCACCUAGCCCUAAGGCCCGAAGAUGUUCUUCUCCGUGUUUUAUUUAAAGUUUUAUAGUUUUGCAUUUAGAGCUACAAAUCCUAUCGAGUUAAUCCGUGUGUAAGGUGUGAGGUUUAGGUCAGUGUUUCUAAUUGCCUGUGGACGCCCUGUCGCUCCAGCGCCACUGGUUUCAUUGACUUUGGAGCAGUUAUGAAUAGUAUUGUAUUUUAAUUCCAGCUUCCGCAUGUUCGUAUUUGUAUAUAGGUGUCCAGGUGAUUGAUUGUGUGUGUGUUGAUCUGGUGUCCUGCAGCCUCGCUGAACUCACUUAGUGAUUCUAGGCGUUAUUUUAGAUUUUGUGGAAGAACUGCAGAGACACUCAUGGAAUCUGCCAACAGGAACAAUUUUAUUUCUUUCUGUCAGAUCUAGAGCUGCCAGCACUAUGUUUACUAGGCGUGGUGAGAGCAGACGUCCCUUGCCUUGUUCCUGAUCUCAGGGGGAGGUGUUUCAGUCUCUCGUGUUACCUUUGAUGUUUCCAAAACCCAAACCAAACCCAUUGCUGUCCAGUCAAUUCCAACUCAUAGGGACCCUAUGGGACAGAGUAGAACUGCCCCAUAGGGUUUCCAAGGAGUGGCUGGUGGAUUCGAACAGCCCAUCUUUUGCUUAGCAGCUGAGCUCUUAACCAGUGCGCUGCCAGGGCCCCAGUGUGACAUCAGCUGCAGGUAUUUUGUUAGACGCUGUUUAAAAAGGUGAGGAAGCUCCCCUUUACCCCUAGAUGCUGAGUUGUCAUCAUGAAUGGAGUGGGUGUUGGCUUUUAUCAAGUGCUUUUUCUGCAUCAAUUGAUAUGAUCGUGUAACAGUCAUCUAGCCUGUUGAUAAUGCUGCAUUCCAUUGAUUGAUUUUCAAUUUUAAACCUGCCUGACAUGCCUGGAACGAAUCCUCUUUUUAUAUAUCACUGGGUUGAAUUUGCUAACAUUUGCUUGAGGAUAUUUGUGCCUGAGCUUGUGAGAGGUAUUCCUCUGUUUUCUUUUAAGAAGGUCUGAUUUAGUAUCGAAGCCUUUGCAGUGGGUUGGGAAACGUUUCCUCCGAUUUUCUGGAUGAGAUUGUGUAAAAUUGGUGUUGUUUAAAUGUUUGGUAGAAUUCUCUAGUGAAACCAUCUGGGCUUGGAUAUUGUUUUUACUUUAUAAUUUUUUUUUGUUGUUGUUAAUGGUUUUAGGACUAUUCAGUUUUUCUGUAUCAUCUUGAUUGAGAUUUUUGGUAGUUUGUGGUUUUUGAGAAAUUGAUAGUUUAUAGUAUUGCCUUAUUGUCCUUUUAAGUGAUGAACAAUCCAUUGUUGGGUUUCCCGUUUCCCUUCUGUACUGGUGAUUUGUAUCUUAUUUUUUAUCUGUUAGUUUCUAGAGCUUUAUCAGUUUUAUUGAUUUUUUUAACUAGCUUUUUGUUUUAUUUAUUUCCUCUGUUGUUUUCAUUUUCAUUGUUGUUUAUUUCCUUCCUUUUGCUUGCUUUGUGUUUGCUUUUUUUCUAGUUUCUUGAGCUGGGAACUUAACUUUAUAGUUUUUAGACUCUUUCUCUUCUAACGUAAGCCUUUAAAAAACUAGAUAAAUUUCCCCUAAGCUGCAUACCACAUGUUUUGCUAUGUUCUUUUAAUUUUUAUUCAGCUCUGUGUGUUUUUAUUUUCUUUGAGAGUCCUCUUUGACCCAUGGAUUAUUCAGAAGUGUGUUUAGCUUCCGUGUUUGGAGAUUUCCCUGUUGUCUUUCUGGUGUUGAUUUCUGGUUUGAUUCCAUGUGGUCGGAGAAUAUACCCUGGGUGAUUUCAGUUCUUUUAAAUGCAUCAAGGUUUGUUUUAUGGCUCAGGAUAUGGUCCGUUUUGGUGAAUGAUCCGUGGGCACUUUUAUCUGUAUCUGCUGUUGUUGUGUGGAGUGGUUAUAAAAUAUGUAUCAAUUAGAUCCCAUUGGUUGAUUGUUUCAUUCAGUUCUCCUGUAUCCUUGUUAUUUUCUGUCUAGUAGUUCUGCCAACUGAGAGUGUGGGGUUGAAGUCUCUGACUGUAAUGGUGGGCUUGUCUCUUUCUCCUUUAGCUCUGUCAGAGUCUGCUGUUGUGUUUUAAGGCUCUUUUGUUGGGCGCAUAUACAUUUCCGAUUGUCUUCCCUUUGCUCUGAAGCCAGCUUUAUCCGAUGUUUAUAUAGCCACUCCUGCUUUUUAAAGUUAAAUUACAUUAUGUAUCCUUUUUCAUCCUUUUACUUUCAAUCUGUGUGUCGUGUUUGAAGUAAGUUUCUUGUAUACAGCAUAUUCUCAGAUAAUAUUUUUUUAUCCAUUUUUACUGAUAUCUUUUAAAUAGUGUAUUUAGGCCAUUUCCAUUUAAGGCAGUUAUUGAUAUGUUAGGGCUUAAAUCUGCCAUUUUCUUGUUUAUUUCUUGUUUACUCUCUGUUUGUGCUUCUUUUAUUUUUCUCUCUGUCUUUAUUUCUUUAUCUUACUGUGGGUUAUUUCAACAUUAUUUAGGAUUCCAUCUUGAUUUCUUUAUUAUGUUUUGAAUAUACUGCUCUCUAUAAUUUUCUUAGUCGUUUUCUAGGUUAUUAUAGUACACAUACGUAACUUACUAGAGCCUACUGAUAUCAAUGGUGUCAACGUUUUAUGUCUUCUGCGUCACUGUAGAAACCUUAUUUCCCUCUUUGUGCCUUUACCCUCCCCAGUUUUCAAGUAUAAUUGUCUUAAGUGUUUUCUCUACAAACAUUAUGAACCAUAUCAAAUGGUGUUUUUUGCUUCACCCAUCAAAUGAUGAUUUAAGAAACUCAUGAGAAGUUCUUUUCUUUCUGAAAUUCCAAGCCUUUUUCUGUUACAAUUUCCUUUGUUUAGAAGAUUUCUAAACAAAGGAAAUUAUAGCCAUUUGUUAACGGCAGAUAUACUAACAACAAAUUAUCGUAGGUUUCCUUUGUCCGAGAAUGUCUGUAUUUCUUCUUCAUGCCAGCGGGAUAUUUUCCCUGGAUGAGGAGUUUGCGGCUGACAGUUUUCUUUUAGUAUUUGAGAAAUAUGCCACUUUCUUUUGGCCCUCAUGGUUUCAGAUGAGAAAUCAGCUGUCUUUUGAGUUGGUGUUCCCCUCUAGGUAGUGCGUCAUUUCUCACCGGCUGCUUUCAAGAUUUCUUUGUCUUUAGUUUUUAGAAGUCUAAUUAUGAUGCACCUUGUCAUAUUUCUUUUGGUUUAUGCUGUUUGGGAUUUGCCCAGCUUCUUGAAUUCUAUAGUUUUAUGUCAAAUUUGGGAAGUUUUCAGCCAUAUAUCUCUGAAUACUUUUUCAGUCUCUUCCUCUUUCUCUUCUGAGACCCCAGUAAUCAGGAUGUUGGUGCCUUUGUUACUGUCCCACAGGUCCUUAAUAUUCUGUUCAUUUUUUUUGUUUUCAGUCUGUUCUGCAGACUGGGUAAAUUCUCUUGAUCUGGCCUCAGUUCACUGAUUUUUUCCUCUAUCAUUUCCACUCUAUUCGUGAGCCCCUCCGGUGAGUUUGGCUGGUUUGUUUAUUGUAUUUCUCAGUUCUCUCUGUGCCUGCCGGGUGAGGUGGAAGUUUAGCCCCCUCCUCGGCCUUGAUGAUACUUUCUCAGCAAAAGUGGAGUAUCAGCGUACACUGCUUCGUUACCUGAUUGGAGGUGUGGGCUCGGCCUCCCGCCCCUACCGACACCUGGAAGAGGGGAGCGGAGAGCUGACUCCCACCACUUUGCUUCUGCAGGGUGGGGGCAGAAACUCAGCACCCCUCAGCUCCUGCUUACACUGGGGGCAGUCUACUUACCUGGAAGUAGACUGCCAGGCCUUUCUUCCAAGGUGCCUCUGGGUAGACUCGAGCCUCCAGGCUUUCUGUUAGCAGCUGAGCGUUUUAACUUGUUGUGCCAUCUAGGACUCCUAGAGUAGGGAAACCAAAACCAAAAACAGCAAACCCACGACUGUCGAUUCUGACUCAUAGUGACCUUUAGGGUAGGGUAGAACUGCCCAAAGGGUUUCCAAGGCUGUAAAGCCUUACAGAGGUAGACUGCAACAUCUUUCUCCCACCGAGUGCUUUGGUGGGUUUGAACUGCUGAUCUUUCAGUUAGCAGCCAAGCACUUUAACCAUUGUGCCACCAGGGCUCCUCUGGAGUGGGGCAGGUGUUGCCAGAAAGGUUUUCUGUUGUUAGACCCCUCUCUUCCUGGUCCUGGCAACAGGCUUUUUUUCGAAGCUCUUUCUGUCUGUGUGGGUUGGUGGUUCCCGCCGGAGGCUUCUGCAGCCCGGUCUCCAGGAUCAGUGGUUAGGUAACAAGGAAACCAGGGAGCUUACUACCUUGUUCUUCCUCAAGUCUCGAGGUCCCUGGGCAGCCUGUCUUGUCUGCCUGUCAGAGACUUCCUGUGUGUGUUUGUUGUUCAUGUCCAGGUGAGAGGAAGGACCUGGGAGGAAGGGGCCUUCUCCACCUUGGUGGAGCUGGAGGUCUGUGUCUUGUCUUAACUGAAUAUUCAUGACUGGCAUUGAUUGGCUCUGACUAUAAGCUACUACUCAGAUUUUUAGAAAUCACCUCUUUUUUUACUUUCUAUGUGUAAUAGAUUUUUAUAGUUGGGAGGAGAUUAGUGGUAAUACAGGCCACAUUUAUCAGAUAAAGGAAAUGAUAAGUUCUUUAGUUCUGCAUGAUUGUACUCUAAAGCAGGAAAAAUGAGAUACCGUCCAUUCAUUUGUCUUGUUUUAUAUUUUAGGGUGUUGCAAUGUUAGGUGUGAAGAUACACAUGUAGUUGUCUCUUAAAUGCUAAAGUCUGAUGCUUUGCUUCUUGACCUAUUUUGAAACCAUUAAAUUGCAGCACUUUCCUAGUGUCCGAGUCUCCUCCUGAUCUGUGGUCAUCCUGCCUACCCUAGGAUGGAGCUCCCUGUGGGCUACCAUCUCUCCCUGUUGCCACCUCCCACACAAGAACUGUCUUCUGUCUUUGUUGAGUCAGCCUCAGUCUCUUGUCAUAUUCCUCAGGUGACAGAUUUCCAGCCUCGUCUACCUUCUGGUCACGUUCAGUCUGAUCAGCAGCCUCUAGCUGUGUGGCCAGCACUGAGCAAUCCCUCUAAGGAGACCUGUGCUGGAGCAUAGGACUAAGACUGCUUUCCUCCUCUGUGGGCGUCACAUCACACUGUUGACAGAAACCAGGCCUUGUUGACCGGCUGCUGUGCUGUGCUGUGCUAUGGGCCAGACUGUGAAGCACUGUGCCACCCACUGGGCCCCCAGACCCUGCUCUGCAGGCUUGGGCAGAGCACCCGAUGAUAUGCUUUUUUGCAGGAAAUGCCAGCACAAGUGUGUGCUCAAGGGCGCUCAUCUCGGCAUUAUAUAAACCAGCCAAAAAGUGUCCCACAGCUCUAAUGGCGUGGGAGAGUCUGAAUUAUCAUGCAUCCUUUGACAGGCUUUGUGGCUGCCCUCCCAGUGGUGCCAUAAAGAAUAAUGGCAUCAAGUAAUGCUCCUGGUAUAACAUGAGGUUAAUGUAGGUUACAAAGUUAUUGAUGGAUCCUCCUUCGGUGUUUCGGAAGUUUAUAAAGUGUAACAAAAAGAUUACAAGGAAAAUACAUCAAAACGUAGAUAGUGGAUCUUUUUGUAGGUGGGUACAGGUGGUAUUUUCAGUGUGCCUUGCUGUACUUGGAAAAUCAUCCGAAUUCACAUGUAUAAGAACCAGCUUAAUCAAUAGUAUAUAUUUUAUAUGAUUGUACUGUUAAUUUUAACUUUUUUUUUUUUUUACAUACCCGGCAGAUUAUACGCACUUGUAUGUGUAUCUUGUUGGUAUACUUAUGUGUUACUAUCACGUCCUUUGUGCCUUGGUAAAGAUUUCUGAGUGGUACAAAUGGUUAAUUUGCUUGGCUGCUAACCAAAAGGUUGGAGGUUCGAGUCCCCCAAGAGGCACCACGAAAGAAGGGCCUGGCAGCCUGCUUGCAAAAAAUCAGUCCUUGAAACCCCUGUUAAGCACAGCUCCAUUCUGACAUACAAGGAGUCACCACGAGUUGGCAUUGACUCAAAGGCAGCUGGAGUGUGUGUGUGUCUGGCUGUCUGUGUGUUUUGAAGAUUUCUACUAGGAGAGUUCAGGUUUUUGGCCCAUCACCAGAAGUACUCCAGAUGGACAUAAGGCCCUAACUUACUCUUUCGAGGCUGUCCUGUUUGUUUUAGCAAAGUGAGUAUUUUCUUGUAAAGCAUCUGCAUGAGUUGGAGGCCACAGGUGGACUCGGCACCUGUUGGCUGUUCUCUGCACUCGCUCCCCCUGCUCAGGCUGUGCCUGGCCUGGAGCAGGGGCUGGUUGGGAUCCUGGCUGCUUCUCGGUCCCACCAGCGUCUAGGCAAGGGUUAGCCUGUCUGAGCUUUGGUUUCCUUGUCCAUCAGAGAGGACAGUAAUGCUCACCCUGAGGGCUGUGGGGAGCUUUUCAGUAAGCUAAUAGACAUAAAGUGUCUGGCAGAACCCUGGCGGAUAACUUCUGGCCCCUUGGUGCUCUGACACCGCCAUUGCAGGGACCACUGAGCAUGACAGUAAUAAAACCUUCUCUCCUGCUUCCCUGGAAAGGAGCUGUCAUUUCAGGAGUGUAGGAAACUCAUAGGGAAGUGAAUUCAUCUGGAAAUGCUACUGCAAUUCUAAUCCCCUGGGUUCCAAAACAAACAAGCAAGCAAGAAAACAAGAAACUCUUUUCUAGAAACUGGCAGUACGGGUGUGGGGAGCAGAGGUCUGAAUCACCCCUAACUGGCACGUGAGCCUGUGUCACCCUGAAAAGAACUUUGGCUUUGUUGGCAAGUCUUGAAUCGUGGAGGGCUAUCUGGAGCCCGCCUCGGUGCCGCCUGAACUGGGGCUGUGGCUGCAUACUGUCCCAGGACUGCAGGGGACGCCCGAGGGAGACAGCCUGUUGGAUUUGGCAGAAACUUGACCACAGUUCAAGGGGUGCAUUUGAAGGGAUAGCCUUGAGACAUGAGACACAGGGUAAGCUACUUUUUUCCUGCAAUUGAAAGUUGUGUAACUUUUUUGGAAAUAAGGGGUAGAUGGUUGUUCAUUGAUUUAAUGUUAGAAAAGUCCACUGCCUGAAUAGAAUCAAGGAUUUUAAAACAGUUUUUUAUCCCCCUAUCCCUGAGAAAAUUCAACUCCUUUCUUGAGAAAAUAACAGAAAAUUAGUGGUCUUUAAUAUGUAAUUUUGGCUUUGACACUUGAGUAAGUCAUUUAUGAGCCUUUAUUGGUAACGUUUCCUUCACGUCCUAAAAAAAAAAAAAAAUCACGUCCUAGGAGGUAACAAAUGUCAGCGGUCAGUACAGACAAGGUGCAUACGAUGGAUGUGUUUAACCCCAGUUGAUAGGAUGCCAGACAGUCUUGGUUUUCAGUGUUUUCUUAGAACAAGUGGGCACUCUCAGUGUCCUGUGGGAAACCCAAAUCCUCUUUCUGUUUUCUCUGUUCUCUGCCCUGGACCAGAUCUGUGUGAUUUGUGAGCAGAGUUGUGGUUUGCCGAGACAGUGAUGAAGGGAAACAGAUGGCUGAGGAAGGGCUGCUGGAGGGAAGUUCUCUUCUCCUGCUCCUUGCCCUUCCCACAUGUAUCCCCAGAGCUAAGCAGAAGUGAGGGCUGGGCAGUGCUUUGUAGCUUGGCUACAACGUGAGAACAUACCCUUUAUGUCUCACAUACACACUUCACAGUGAGUGCGGGCGUCUACACCCCUGACAAAUGGAGAUUUUAUGUCAUUUUCAGAGCGAGAAAAUGGAGGCUGUGGGUUUCAGAAACUGGUCUAGGCUGCGUGUCAUGUUGGCGCUGGGCUUGAAUCAGGUCUGUGGCCCUGGCACCUUGCCCUUUGCUCCACAGCGCCGUGAUGCUUGCUUUAGCUUGGGCUUUGCUACCUUCUUAGGGUUUCGAAGCUAAGAUAAAAAAAAAAAAGAAUCAUUUCAGUCGGGUAGGGUGUGUGAGUGAUAAACUGGAACAGAUGUGAUGUACUGGUUCUCAACCACCCAUCAGGGUUGCCUUGGGAUCUUUUUUCCCCUCCCAAUAUGUUACACGCCUGGGUCAGAGCACGUUUUCCCAUCCAGUUCCUAAAACACUAAUAUAGCCCAUUUAUAGAAGAAUUAAUGAGUGAUUCGAAGCCGGCACAAGCGGGACGAGUGUGUUUAUCUCAGGUGUGAAGCGGUGUGAGAUGAGCCAAGCUUGGCAGCCUUGUUUUGUUGAGUAACUUACUUUUCUGCCAAAUAAAUGUGAUGGCGAAAAGACUUUAAAAAGCUUUGUUGUUUUUUUGGUCCCUUGUGAAAUUUCUUAAUGCAAAAUAUUCUAGAAAUGAAUUCUGGAUAAUACACCAUGUUGGUAUAUGUGUGAAUUUAGACCUCAGUUUUACUUAGACUUGAAUUUAAAUUAUGCUCGUCAGUCAAAACAAUUCACCAACUUCAGAAAAAAGUUCCUGAUUUGAAGGGAGUCCUCGUGACGUUUAAUGGAACGUGUGGGUGCUAGCUGCUCCGUCGCUUCCUACUUGGGUUUGACCGGUGUGUUCGUUUGAAGCUUUGGACUCCUUUUUGCUGUGUUUCUGUGUGGGGAAAGCCUGACGUACAGAAUACAGGGUGCUUACUAACCUCUGUGUUCUGUCACUGCGUCCUUUCCUGUAGUGUGGUGUGAAGUGUUGGAGUGGAAAGUUCCAGCGGGCGGUGACCCAGCCCAGCCCCUGGGGCAAGUCUCAGCCUGGCCGGGGUCCAGCGUUGUCACCUGAAGUAGAGGGUUGCAGGCUAGUGUAGGGCGCCUGGAGUGGGGGGUGGAGCAGCCCCAGCCCCACUGUGACCUGUGUUACAUGGAUGGGCUUCUCAGUACAGAGAUGCUGGGCCAUUUUGCCCAGUGUACCAACUCAGGCAACAGAACUGUGGUCCUGGAGGGAGUGAGGAGCACCCGGGAGGAGGGAGGAGGAGGAGGAGGGAAGAGGUGGUAGGAGGAGGGAGGAGGAGUAUGUGGGAGGAGGGAGAGGAGGAGGGAGGAGGAGUGUGUGGGAGGAGGGGGAGGAGGAGGGAGUGAGGAGUAGGUGGGGGGAGGAGGAGGGAGGGAGGAGCACUCGGGAGGAGGUGGAGGAGGAGGUGUGAACCAGACAAGACUGUCUUUCAGCACAGAAUCCAACAUGCUUAAGGUCAUGCUCACACUAACAGUGAUGCUGGCUUCCACAAAAAAAGCCGUCUGCAUGGGGACAUGACGCUAUGUGACACUUGUACGGGUUCCAGACUGCUCUGCGGGACCCUCCCUCGGGAUCACCUGUUCUGCGGAGGCUUCAUGAUGGCCAGGUGGGCCAGUGGACGCAGGAAUUCGUGCUGAAACUGCUGUUCUCGUUGGCUGUCCCACUCCACCACUCACAGUAUGGGCUAACUCCAGCCUGUUAGCUUUCUUAUUUUUUAAGCAGAGUUUAGUUCUUUUAGCAUUUCUUUUCUGGUUUUCUGUUAUUGGGUUUCCUACAAAAGGCCACGGGGCUUGCGUUUGCCUUGUCCCUUAGUAGUGGGAUAUGCUUUGUGUGAACUUCAGUGGAAAGCUUUCACUGUGUCUCAUCCUUACGGUGUGUGAUCAGUAACCACGUAUUUGUAUUAACAAAGUAGUGCUUCACUUCAUAUAUUUAAAAAAAAAAAGUUGCCAUCAAGUUGGUUCUGACUCGUGGUGACCCUAUAGGACAGAGUAGAACUGCCGCAUAGGGUUUCCAGGGAGCAGCUGGUGGAUUCGAACUGCCGACCUUUUGGUUAGCAGCCAAGCUCUUAACCACCGCACCACCAGGGCUCCAUUUUAUAUACAGCUGUUGCAGAUUUUAACUGCAUAAAUAAAAUUGCAGGCUUUUUUCUCGUUUUAGUUUAAAACUGUUUAAGAUGUAGCUUUUCAGUUUAGUGUUUGCUCUUGUUUUUGACCCACGCUUUAGUCCCCCAUCGUUGAGACGAAGUGAGCUGGAGGUCUUUGUGUGCGUCAGAGAGAAAGACGCUGCCCAUCACCUGUAUCCUGCUGCCAGUGUUAAACUAAACUUCAGCUUCAUAGGGGAAGCCAGGCUUACUCAAAUAUAGUCAGAAAUUCUUACGUCUGUAGUUACAGUCUCACUUCCUUUCCAAGAUCUGAUUUUUUUUUUUAAUUUGG